UUUUGAACCAGACCGCCCGCGCUAAUCGCUAAUCGAUUAAAGCCAAAGAAAAAAAAAAAAAGAAGUUCUGCCAAAUCUUUCUAUUUUCUCGUUUUUAUCUUCAUUUUCAUCAGGUACAAAUAACCACUUACUUCAUAUCUAUAUAAGUCAAUACAAGUCCGCCAAUAUGCCUAAGUCAAAGCGAUCCAAGGUUGUCCACAUGACCCAGGUCAACAAGAAGACCCGCGAGCACAAAGAGAGCCUCUUCGAAAACAUCCGCAAAUGCAUCCCCCAGUACCAAUACUGCUACGUCUUUAAUGUUGACAAUAUGCGCAACACCUACCUGAAGGAAGCGAGACAAGAAUUAUCCGAUAGUCGUCUCUUCUUCGGCAAAACCAAACUUAUGGCUCGCGCCCUAGGUCACAGUCCUGAGGAUAGUUACGCCGACAACGUUUGGCGGCUGACCCCCUACUUGCGGGGUACUGUCGGUUUACUCUUCACCAACCGCCCGCCCGAGCAGCUAUUCCCUUACAUCGAGGACCUCUCGCGCGACAAGGUCGAUUUCGCCCGCGCCGGUGCCAUCUCCCCCCGCGACUUUGUCGUCCCCUACGGCACACUCUAUGCCACCGCUGGCGAGGUGCCUCUAGAGCACGACGUCCCCAUUGGCCACACCCUCGAGCCUGAGUUGCGCCGCCUCGGUGUGCCCGUGCGCAUGGUCAAGGGUCGCGUCGUCUUGGAGGCUGGUUCGGAGGUUGGUUUGGACGGGGGAUACGUCGUCUGCCGUGAAGGUGACGUCCUCGACUCGCGCCAGACCAGGUUACUCAAGCUCUUCAGCAUCUGCCUCAGCGAGUUUCAGAUCAAGAUUCUCGCCUAUUGGUCUGCUGCUACCUCCGAGGUCAUUCCUGUCAACGCCCCAGCCGUAGAUGGUGUCGACAACGUUGACGAGGACAGCAAUUAAGAAACUAAGGAGGAGAGAGGGCGAAAUUAGAAUAGGAGGAGACAGCCCUGGCUGCUUGCUUGCUUAUUUCCUUAUUUUUUUCUUUUUUCACAUCCACUCCCCGUGUAUAUUCUUUAUACUCGCAUGUACGUGUGUGUGCAUUUACGGUGAUACCAUGGUUUUCAUUGGCGUUUGGUACAGGCAAAAAAAUCUUUGGGCCAAGGUGAUUAAUAAUUUGAGGGACUAUUUCACGACUGCGUACGAGGCCAAAGCAUAGGUGGUCGGGACAAAAUAGAACAGAAACAGAAGACGUACGUAGCCAGUUUACCAGUUAACUAGUAAGGGUGGCCAGGGCGUUGGACGGAUCAUAUAAGACUAUCUUACAUAUCAAGACUCACUACUUGAAAAAGAUAGAGCUUAGUCCAGCACGAUACACUGCCAUACUACACGCAAAAUCUCGUUUGACUCAUUGCUUAAGUUUUCCCAUCAUCCUACACCCCGCCCCUUUUC